GGUUUAAAGUCCAGGACUGAAUAGUCUCAUCUUGAUGCCCUCUGGUCUCAUUCCCUUCUUCCCUCCAUCUCUUCUCCUUUCUCCAUCCCUCGCUCUCUCGGAACCCCUUUACAUAUUGACCUGCGGGGAGAUCGGAGGGAGAUCAUGCUGUCUGUACUGGCACUGACGUCCUUGGUGCUCUUGGGCAUAGCCUCUCAGACCACGGCUAUAGUUGUGUACACAAGCUGGGAGAAACAUGCUUUGCUGGGUACAGAUGUCAGACUCUCCUGCUCUUUCUUCUCCUGGCAGUGGACUUCUCCAGACGUGACCUUCUCAUGGCAUUAUCGUGCAGAUAGGGCUAAAGAGGGCAUCGCAAUUUUCCACUAUGCAGGCGGAGCUCCCUACCAGGAUAACAAAGGCCCGUUCCGGGACCGCCUGGAGUUUGUGGGGAACCCCAAUCGCCGUGACGGUUCUAUCCUGAUCAAGAAUGUCAACUUCGAAGACAAUGGAACCUUCACCUGUGACGCCAAGAACCCACCUGACAUUGCCGGCCACCCCUCCAGCGUUCGACUGCUGGUGUUUGAGAAGGUUCCAGUCCAGGCUGGUGUGAUAACAGGGGCCAUCAUUGGCGUAGUGUUGGGACUGCUGAUCCUCAUUGUGGCAAUUUACUAUCUGAUGCGUUUCCUGGUCGCCAGAAGAGUGUUCAGCUUGAGCAUGAGCAAACAUGGCAAGAAAGGCAAAGGAAAAGAAGGAUCACAGCAAAAACAGCAUUUCUGACACUUUUUGUCUUUUUUUUUAAUUACAUUUCCAUCUAUAAAUUCACCUUUCUCAUCAUCUGAUAUACUGGUGCUAUUACAUCACUUCCUGUAGGCCGGCCCCCUAAAGUAGCCUCCCUCCCCACCCUUCAUUUACUGAGAGCUAAAUAUAGCACUAGUAAUUUUUUGUCAUGGAAUCACACACAUGCACUUUCUCACAAUUAAAAUGUAAUAUCAGUCAAUAUCAGUGUCCAUACUUUCUCAAACACACGCUAACACUCAUGGCGUCAUCUCAUGUAUCCCAUCAUACAAUUUUAAUUGCCUUCCCAAAAAGUUUUUGACGUAGUUUACAGCAAUUUGACUUAGAGUUGUACUGUGUUUUUACUCCGACCGCAGUGACUGAAAUACCCAAAAUGACGUCGAUACUGUUGGCAGAGACACUCAAACACACACUGUGAGAGUUACUUGAUACUCUAAGCCAGAUUCUCACGUCUGUCUGCAUAAGCUGUUGUCUGACAAACAGCUGAUUAUUUUAACACUCACUUGUAACUGGAGAACUCUCUCUGUAUCCCUUCUGUCCCUUUUUUAAACGACUGUCCAAUGAGGGGCGGCUCUUAUGGUGUAACCCCCCUCAAAACAUAUCAUUAGGUAGGGCCAUCGCUCAUCCUGAGUCCUAGAUUUACUUCACCUCUCUCUAAUCCUCCUAUAACUAUCCCAAACACUCAUCCACCACCUCCACUUCUCAUUCCCUGUUUCUGCUGGUAAGAAAACCCCAGCACUCUCUCUUGCCCCCUGCUGCCCACAUGAGAACAUUUUUCAUUUGGCCAUAUUGUCGCAAAGACGUCAAUGCAAAAAAAAAAAGUUAAUUUAGCUAGCUCUCUGCUGACCAUGAUAGAUGUGUGUAUGUUUGUAGUCUGAUGACAUGUCUGUAACCUGUCAACAUGUUAGGGGAACAAAACAACAUAAAAACAACAUUGUAGCAAUAUUUGUCAUGUCAUCGUUAGUAAUGACAAGCUGUGCAGCAGCACCCUGGGACUGUUUGUGUGUUGGAAGCAGAAAUGUAAUAGUUUAAUGAUGUUUAAUAAUAUUUCUGCACUUUCAUUUGACUGACAUGGCAGAAUUUAUGUGGUUGUUUCUUCAUAAAAGUGUUUACCAUCAUGGUGUUGGCAUGCUAAGGUUACAGGAAGUGAUGCAUUAUGGACAGAAAGGUUUUUGAGAGUGAUAUAAAUUAUUGAAUACUGAGAUGAGGACUUGGACUGAAUUCAUAUUCAGGUGAAAAGUCAAGCCAAAGUCCAAAAAACAUCUCAAUCUCACAGGAAAUGUUUUUCUCUUCAAGUCUUCAUGCAUGUCAACCUCGAGCCAGACAGGGGCUCUCAUCGGGAAUGCUGGGAAAAGUUGUAGAAUUGCGAAGGCUUGUGGGAAAUAUGUUUGUUAACCUACAGUCAGAUGCUUUUUAUGCAUCUCAGAGUAAAUGUCGAGCAGCCACAUGGUACCUGCCAUUAAACUGUUUAAAUAUCGGGGAAUUCCCAUGUUGUAUGUAUUGGUACAGGUCUAUUUAACCGUUUUCUCUCCAAACUCCAUUUAAAACGUCUAAUUAUUUUUUACUUUUAUUUUGACUUUAACCAAGCUAACUUUGAUUUUCUGUAAAAUGUCUUGUAAAAAGAAAAAUGUCAAAUUCAAAUAAUUUCAGAGAAACAUCAAUAAAAAAAUCAGAUCCCUUG